AUCGAUGCAGUUAUUCAAUCCUCCAUCUCGCAGGCUAUAAAUAAUGGCUGCUCUUGGCCAAGAGGAGACACCACCAACCCCGUCAGCUUCGGUUCUGAUCUCAUGUCUCACUGUCAUUCUAGGGGGAAGUGACAAGCAAAGCAGCAUUUAUAGCCAGUCAAUCAAUCAGCAGAUGUGAGAGUUGAGAAUCUUUACGUUGGCUUGUCCUGAGAGAAGCUUGGGAAGACAGAAAUGGAAAAUGAGAGACGGAGCGAUGCGGCGGAGGAGGAGGAGAUGACGAAGAAGAAUAAGAAGAAGGGGUGGUCGUCGAUAGGGUCCAUAUUCAUGCACGCAGAUAGGGUGGACAAGUGCUUAAUGGGUCUCGGCUUCGUCGGAACCGUUGCCGAUGGCUUCUCUACUCCCCUCGUGCUCUUCGUCACUAGUCAGCUCAUGAACAACAUCGGCGCUGCAUCUUCUCUGGAUCCCGCAACGUUUCGUCACAGCAUGAACAAGAAUGCACUGGUUCUCUUGUACAUCGCCUGUGGAUUGUUGUUUGCUUGUUUUCUAGAAGGGUAUUGUUGGACCAGGACUGGUGAAAGGCAAGCGGCAAGAAUGAGAGCCAGAUACUUGAGAGCUGUGCUCAGGCAAGACGUGACCUACUUUGAUAUGCAUGUGACAAGCACGUCCGAUAUCGUCACCAGUGUAUCCAGCGAUAGUCUCGUGAUUCAGGACGUCCUAAGCGAGAAGGUCCCUAAUUUUCUUGUCAACGUUUCGCUGUUUGUCGGGAGCUACAUAGCGGCAUUCAUAAUGUUGUGGAGACUGGCAAUAGUUGGGUUCCCCUUUGUUGUGUUUCUCAUCAUUCCGGGCAUGAUAUAUGGGAGGACUCUAAUAGUAAUCGCAAGAAAGAUAAGGGAAGAGUAUAGUAAGGCUGGCAUGAUUGCAGAACAGGCAGUUUCUUCCAUCAGAACAGUAUAUGCCUUUGUCGGUGAGAGCAAAACGCUUUCCGAGUUUUCUAAAGCUCUUGAUGGCUCCGUGAAGUUGGGGCUGAGGCAGGGCUUGGCCAAAGGCUUGGCGAUCGGAAGCAACAGUAUUGUGUUCGCCAUUUGGUCUUUCAUGGCAUAUUAUGGUAGCAGGAUGGUCAUGGACCAUCAUUAUAAAGGUGGAACGGUUUAUGUUGUUGGCACGGCCAUUACUUUUGGCGGAGUGGCAUUGGGUGCUGCUUUAUCCAACCUCAAGUACUUCUCGGAGGCAUGCUCGGCAGGUGAGCGUAUAGAGGAGGUGAUAAAGAGAGUGCCCCCGAUUGAUCCAGAGAACAUGGAGGGGGAGACCAUACCGAAUUUGGAAGGAAACAUCGAAUUUAGACACAUCGAGUUUGCAUAUCCGUCGAGACCUGCAAACAUCAUCUUCAGAGACUUCUCUCUUGCGGUCCCAUCAGGAAAGACUCUAGCUUUGGUUGGUGGCAGUGGCUCUGGAAAAUCCACGGUGAUAUCUCUCCUGCAGAGGUUCUACGACCCGCUCAUCGGAGAAAUACUCCUUGAUGGGAUCGCCAUUAAUAAGCUGCAAAUUAAAUGGCUUAGAUGGCAAAUGGGACUAGUGAGCCAAGAGCCAACACUCUUUGCGACUAGCAUAAAGGAGAAUAUACUCUUUGGCAAGGAGAAUGCCGAGAUGAAGGAGGUGAUCGAAGCUGCCAAGGCUUCCAAUGCUCAUAACUUCAUCAGUCAGUUGCCUCAGGGAUACGACACGCAGGUAGGGGAAAGAGGCAUCCAAUUGUCAGGAGGGCAGAAGCAGAGAAUAGCUAUCGCACGAGCUAUCAUUAAAGCACCCAGAAUCCUCCUCCUAGAUGAAGCAACGAGCGCAUUAGACUCUGAAUCAGAGAAAAUCGUUCAGGACGCACUCGAUCGAGCUUCUGUCGGUCGCACAACGAUCAUCAUUGCUCACCGGCUAUCUACUAUACGACAUGCCAAUAACAUCGCUGUCGUUCAGAACGGGCAAGUGAUAGAGACUGGCAAUCAUGAAGAGCUCAUCCAGAACGAAGAUGGCCUCUACACCUCGUUGGUCAAUCUUCAGAAAUCAGAGAAACAGAAACCGACAGAUCAAGAUGAGAAACUGAAGAACCAAAUCACUUCUUCCAUAUUAAGCAUGGAUGGCUAUAGUACUAGUAGCCGCCAUAGCCUAUCUAAGGUGAGUCGCUCCAGCUCAGCGAGGUCCAUGGCGGCAGUUGGUUCGGAUGAUCAAAAGAACCCCAUUCCAUCUUUCCGAAGAUUGAUAGCUUUGAACAUGCCAGAGUGGAAACAAGCGAUCCUGGGGUGCAUCAGCGCGAUCUUGUUCGGCGCAGUUCAACCGGUGUAUGCUUUUGCCAUGGGCUCGAUGAUCUCGGUUUAUUUUUUGAAAGACCACGAGGAGAUUAAAGCAAAGAUAAGGAUUUAUGCAUUCUGCUUUCUGGGUUUGGCUGUGUUCUCGCUCGCGGUCAAUGUGAUCCAGCAUUACAAUUUCGCUUUCAUGGGGGAGAACUUGACUAAGAGGAUCCGAGAGAAGAUGCUCGCUAAAAUCCUGACUUUCGAAGUCGGAUGGUUCGAUCAAGAUCAGAACUCAAGCGGUUCAGUUUGCUCUAGACUCGCCAACGAUGCCAAUGUGGUGAGAUCUUUGGUGGGUGACCGAAUGGCCCUUAUCGUGCAGACAUGCUCGGCUAUAAUAAUCGCGUUCACCAUGGGUCUGAUCAUCGCCUGGAGACUCGCCCUUGUAGUAAUAGCCGUGCAGCCCCUUGUUAUAAUCUCCUUCUACAUGAGACGAGUGCUAAUGAAGACCAUGUCUCAGAAGGCCAUCAAGGCUCAAGACGAAAGUAGCAAGCUCGCGGCGGACGCAGUCUCCAACCACCGAACUAUCACUUCAUUCUCUUCCCAAGAGCGCAUCCUCAAAAUGCUCGAGAAAGCCCAGGAAGCCCCAAAACGAGAGAGCAUCCGGCAGUCGUGGUAUGCUGGUAUCGGACUAGCCGCCUCACAAUUCUUUACAAAGUGCGCUUGGGCUUUAGAUUUCUGGUAUGGAGGCAAAUUGAUUUCUCAUGGGCAAAUCACAUCAAAAGCGCUCUUCGAGACGUUCAUGAUCUUGAUCAGCACAGGCAAAGUGAUUGCGGACGCCGGAAGCAUGACCACAGACCUUGCCAAGGGCUCGGACACAGUUGGGUCCGUGUUCGCCAUAUUGGACCGGCAGACCAGAAUAGAACCCGAAGACAUGGAAGGUUACCAACCAAGAAAAAUAACAGGCCAUGUAGAGUUUUGCAGGGUAGAUUUUGCAUACCCGGAAAGGCCGGAUGUCAUCAUCUUGAAGGACUUCUCAUUCAAAAUCGAAGCAGGGACAUCAACCGCAUUAGUCGGACAGAGCGGAUCCGGAAAAUCGACCCUCAUUGGCUUGAUCGAAAGAUUCUACGAUCCAAUCAAAGGCACGGUAAAAAUCGACGGACGAGAUACGAGGUCAUACCACCUCAGGGCCUUAAGGAAGCACAUUGCAUUGGUUAGUCAGGAACCAACUCUAUUCGCCGGCUCAAUAAGAGAGAACAUUGUGUACGGGAUAUCGCACGAGAUGAAUGAAACGGAAGUCAUCGAGGCUGCACGGGCUGCAAACGCUCACGACUUCAUUGUGGCGUUAAAGGAUGGAUACGACACGUGGUGUGGGGAAAAAGGAGUCCAGCUCUCCGGAGGACAAAAGCAGAGAGUAGCCAUAGCAAGAGCUAUACUGCGAAACCCGACGCUGUUGUUACUGGAUGAGGCCACUAGCGCGCUCGACAGCCAGUCGGAGAAGGUGGUGCAGAAUGCACUGGAGCGCUUAAUGGUCGGACGGACCACAUUAGUGGUGGCGCAUAGGUUGAGUACCAUACAAGGGUGCGAUGUGAUCGCCGUGCUAGACAAAGGGAAGGUGGUGGAGAAGGGAAGCCACUCUUCCUUGUUGGCUAAGGGUCCGACCGGAGCUUACUACUCGCUGGUGAACCUCCAGAGCACGCCGAACGCCUCGGAACGCAUCGAAUAAUGUGCAGUGUGAAUCUGUUUAGAACAGGGCGAAAAAAAACCAUUGGAAAUGUUGUCAAGGCACUAAGAUCAUGACAAUAGCUCUUUUCUUCUUUUCAAAGUAGAGAGCAGGAGGGGUUUAUGCUUGUUUACUGUAAUUACAUGAUUAGCAUGCUUCAUUAUGGUACAGUGUUUUUCACUUGCUCUACAUGUUCAGUAUUGAAGAUUAGAUGGGAAUAACUUUAUUUUCA